AUGAGCCAUAAUGGUCUAGUUAGCGAAAGUGUGGUAGCAGCCCUAAGUAUGGAGCUUAUUUCUUAUGUCGUUGUGCGCCACACUUUUCGUGGAGAAGAUAGUUUAAUUGACAACUCGGGAAAUGAAAUUGAAUUAAAUAUUCAUAAAGGUCUUGAAGGUUUGGGACUGUUGGUAGGUCUACGCUUGUCCGAGCGACUUCUAUAUCGUCAGCCAUCUUUUGGUGAGUGGACACCACCGGGUGUAUCGCAAUUUGUUGCCCGGCAGUUUUGGAAGACUGCUUUUGGGAAAAGAAUUGAUAGAUUGAUGCAUAUGAAUGACAUUUAUUUUUGUCUUAUUGACAAAAACUUUCGAUGGCUUCAGGGCUUCCCCAAGAUGAGAGGCGAGCGCAUAGUUUCCACGACGGUGUUAUCACCUUAUGGUUAUUCCGAGGAAACGGUAGCCGAGGAUGAGGGUGCCUCACCUCGAACUGAACGGCUGGGAAGUGUACCAAUUCACAAGGACGUUUUGAUUUAUACAGUUGGAAUAUUGAAAGGUCUUAUCCGUGUCAUGUAUCCUACAGGAUCUAUUGAAAUUCAUGCUAACCUGAACAAUGAAAACGAAACCCAGUUUGUGCUUGAUUUUAGAUCUCCCACUGCAUGA